AUGGAGCACCCCAGUGGGCACCAAAUGGCUUCAGAGACCGCCAGCACCGCCAGCGGCGAUGGCGCCAAGCUCGAAUCCCAGAUGUAUCAUCAGCUCCGGAAGCUGAUUAACGUGGUGGACGAGCUGAGGGAUUGCGGCGUUCAGCAGUGGAUUCAGCUGCCGCGCAUAUGUGUCUUAGGCACACAGUCAGCUGGCAAGAGUUCUGUAUUAGAGGCAAUCGUCGGUGUUGAUUUUCUGCCUCGAGGCGACGGCGUAGUUACGCGACGCCCGCUUGAGCUGCGCCUGGUGCAUCUUCCGGAAUCCGAGCACGCUCCUGAAGAGGCAUACGCAGUGUUCGAUUCCUCAAGGGACAAGAAGUAUACGAAUUUCGAAGAAGUUCGCAGGCAGAUCGAACGCCUCACAGAUGAAGUCGCUGGCAAGAACAAGGGGAUCGUAGACUCCCCCAUAGUGCUCACUGUAUACGCCACGCGAUGCCCAGAUCUAUCGCUUAUUGAUCUACCUGGCAUCACGAGGGUUCCUUUGAAGGGAAGUGACCAGUCAGAUGACAUCGAGGCACUGACACGCCAAAUGGCACUCAGAUACGCUGCUGACCCUCGAACUAUCAUUCUUGCUGUUCUGCCAGCGAAUGCCGACAUGUCCACUUCUGACGCCUUGCAGUUGGCGCGCCGCGUCGACCCCCGCGGUGUACGGACAAUCGGAGUCAUAACGAAAGUUGAUUUAAUGGACAAAGGCACAGACGCCUCGAAAAUGCUGCUAGGGGAAGAGAUUCCGCUUAGACUUGGAUAUACUGGCGUGAGAAAUCGGUCUCAAGCGGAUAUCAAGUCUGGCAAAAGCGUUCAGGCUUGCUUGGAGGAUGAGCGUCAAUACUUCCGCAAGCAUCCGGUGUAUGGCCACAUGCGACCCCAGUAUUUUGGCAUUCCGUCUCUUGUGGAGAAGCUCACGCGAGUCCUCUUUCUUCACAUCAAACAUGUGCUCCCCGAAAUCCGCAAGGAGAUUCAGAUAAAGGCACGAGACGUCCACGGCAGGAUUCAGGAGCUUGGCGAGGGGGUUCCCACCGAGUCUAAAGAUCGAGCUCAGCUGCUGUGGACGGCGAUCACGGAUUAUGUUGAGGUCAUUAAGAGCGCCAUUAGGGGCAAGUACGACAAGCGGCUGCAGAAGUAUUUCGAUCAGGAUCAGUGUCUUACGAUUGGAUCGUGCAUCCGCCACGAAUACACCACGCUGCUGGAGGAUUUCUGCGAGAGGAGCAUCUCGGAUGAUAUCACCGACAAGCAAGUCGAGAACGCCAUCAGACUGCACGAAGGCGAGUCUCUUCCAGGAUUUCCGUCUCCUGAUACGUUCGAGCACCUCAUUCUGCCUUACCUUAAGAGACUUUCGCCCCCCGUAAUGGACUGUCUUGACCGCGUCGCACAGACAUUGGAGAACCUAUCUCAACGCGUGGCGGAGAAGGUGUUUUGUCGGUUUCCUGCCUUGUCGGAUCGCGUCUUAGAGAUUUCUCAAGACAUCCUAGCUCGCGAGCGAGAGGCUACCCGCGAAAUUUUGCAGCACGAUGUUGAUGCUGAGAUGGGUUACUUAUUUACAAACGAUGAGCGCUACCUUCAUGAGCACGGGACGAUGAUUACGCAGCAGCAGCUGACGCUGGAGCAGCUGCAGCAGCAGCAACAGCUGCUGCAGCAGCAGCAGCAGCUGGGUGUUGCGCCGGAUGGGAGGCCGAUCCAGCAGCCUUCGCAUGCAGAGCGAGCUCAGCAGAUGCUGCAGCAAGUGCAGAAUCAAAUGACGAGUCUGUGGACGAGCAAGGAGAAGAAGCGUCCGAUCUAUAGCGAGCAGUUCAUUGCGGAGAUCCGAAGGCGGCUUGACGCUUACUUCAGCCUCGUACUGCACAACGUCCGCGAUACCGUACCCAAGAAAAUAGGCUUUUUCCUCGUUCGCCAGUUGCAAGACAAGUUGCAAUUCGAGCUUUACAACAAGCUGAAUGACGAGCAGCUGUUUUCCUCGCUCCUUGGAGAGCCAUCGCACAUCGUGGAAGAGCGCCGAGCUUUGGUGGGGCAGCUGAAUACUCUCAAGAAGGCGACUGCAGUCCUGCAGCGCGAUCCUCAGAUAGCGGCACUGAACUUUGAUACGGUCGACGCCAUGUUCGACUCGGAUCUUCGCGAAUUGCAACGGAAGAGCAGCUCCCAACGCGCGCCAUCUCUUCGAGCGUCCAGUCAUGUUUCAGGUACAACAUCCAAGUUUGGGGCUUUCUCGCCGCAACGCUUUCUCUUGCGUCAUCCACCGCAGUGUGAGAGGCAGAGAGGCUUUGUGAUGGCCGCCUCCGCGUCUUUUUCUAGCUGA